UGUCUAUUCCAUAAGCUCUAUUUUAGCACAAGUAGAAUAUGCCACCUGUUUCCCCUCUUCUGGGGACUUGGCAGGUUAUUUCCCUGUGUAUCACAACAGUUCACAGGCUGUCCUACAGCAGGAUCAUUCACAAAUUUCUGGGAGCUGUCACAGAAAUACGUAGUUAAAAAUCUCUGGCGAUUUUACUUUGCCAAACUUUUAUCCGUGUAAGACACUUGCUGGAACUUGGGAUCUGACAUGGCUGAAGCUGCUUGUGCAGAGGACCAGUGGGAAGUAGAAGCUUUUGAGGAUGAAUUUGGUGAGAUCAUUAAAACUAGAUCAGACGAAAGAGAAGACAUACAAAAGAAAACCUUCACAAAAUGGAUAAAUUCCCAGUUUGCUAAGGCAGGAAGACCCCCUAUUAAUGACCUCUUCACAGAUCUGUGUGAUGGCCGUCGUCUUCUGGAGCUUUUGGAAGGCUUGACUGGACAUGAAUUGGUGAAAGAACGUGGUUUCACCCGUGUGCACUCACUCAAUAAUGUCAACAGAGUGCUACAGAUCCUUCAGAAGAACAAUGUUGAGCUGGUGAAUAUUGGAGGAGCUGACAUUGUCGAUGGCAAUCAUAAAUUGACUUUGGGACUCAUCUGGAGCAUAAUUCUUCACUGGCAGGUGAAGGAUGUGAUGAAAGAUGUGAUGGCAAACUUAAAGCAAACCAACAGUGAGAAGAUUCUGUUGAGCUGGGUUAGGCAAUCCACCAAGAGCUACCCACAGGUCAAUGUUGUAAACUUCUCUAGCAGCUGGGAAGAUGGUCUGGCAUUUAAUGCUCUUAUCCAUAGCCACAGGCCGGAGCUGUUUGAUUGGGAUGUGGUGGAACACAUGGAUAAAGCUUUUGACAGGUUGGAUCAUGCAUUCGCCAUUUCUGAAAGGCAUUUAGGCAUUGAACGGCUGCUUGACCCUGAGGAUGUGGCUACUGCUUCUCCAGAUAAGAAGUCUAUAAUUAUGUACAUCACCUCCCUGUUUCAAGUUCUGCCCCAUGGUGUGAGUAUGGAGGCCAUAGAGGAGGUUGAGACUCUGCCCCAAGCAGUAAUCACUAAAGAGAAACAUUUCCACUUUCAGACACAGCAGCGUUAUUCCCAGCAGAUCACAGUCAGUGUGGCUCAAAGUCCAGUACGCAGCCAGUCUCCUUCAAAUAAGUUACGCUACAAAAGCUAUGCUUUCACUCAGGCUGCGUAUGUUCGGUCUCCUGAACAGCCAAGAAAGACCCCCGUCACACUGUCUUCAGAAAGUCCAGAGGAUAUGUGGCCUUCCACUGGUCCUCUACAACAUGGCACAAGCCAGCUAGAGAGUUACCAGAAUUCCCUCGAAGAGGUCUUGACGUGGCUUCUGUCUGCAGAGGAUGGCCUACAAGCUCAGCCACCUAUCUCUUCUUUGGUAGAAGAAGUGAAGGAGCAGUUUCACACUCAUGAGGGAUACAUGAUUGAGCUGACUGCCCAUCAGGGAAGUGUAGGUAAUGUGCUAAAGGCAGGGAGCAUCCUCUUGGCUGAAGGGCAGUUGACUGAAGAUGAGGAGAAUGAAAUUCGGGAGCAGAUGAAUCUGUUAAACUCUCGCUGGGAACAUUUACGAGUGGCCAGUAUGGAACAACAAAGCAGGCUUCAUGAAGUUUUAAUGAACCUGCAGAAUCAGCAGUUGGAACAGCUCUCCACCUGGUUAGAUGUUACUGAAGCUCGUAUUAAGCAAAUAGAAGCCCAGCCAUUAGGUCCGGAAAUUGAAGAUCUAAAACAUCAAAUUGAAGAGCACAAGCUGUUACAAGAGGAUCUGGAAAUGGAACAGGUACGAGUGAACUCUCUGACUCACAUGGUUGUAGUAGUGGAUGAAAGCAGUGGAGACGGUGCUACUGCCGCACUGGAGGAGAAACUACAGAACCUUGGAGAGCGAUGGGCAGCCAUCUGUAAAUGGACGGAGGACCGGUGGGUCCUUAUUCAGAAGAUCCUGAGGAGUUGGCAGGAUUUCACUGAGGAACAGCAUAUGUUUGAGUCCUGGCUAACACAGAAGGAGCAGUUAUUUCUUUCUAUCCAAAGCAGUGGUACCACUGAUCACAAUGAAGUGACGGCGAAUCUCAGAAAACUUGCUAUUCUGAAAGCAGACAUUGAGCUCAAAAGACAGACCAUGGACAAACUUUGCUCCCUUGUUCAAGAUCUAUUGUCCAGCAUUAGGAAUAAGCCGGCAUCAGAAAAACUUGAAGCAAAGUUAGAAAAGUUUGCUCAGCGGUGGGACAAACUAGUACAGUCACUUCAGCUCACAAGCACCAAGCUUUCAACCACUCUUACUGCAUCCCAGUCUGAAAGCACACACACUCCUGUGGAAACCAGCAUUACCAUGCAUCAGAAAAAAGUGGUGAAGCACGUUAAAGAGGGUCUGACUACCCCUCCACCUCAAAAGAAGCGCCAGAUUGUUGUUGACUCAGAGCUUCGCAAGAGAUUUGAUGUGGAUUUCACUGAGAUUCACAGUUUCAUGACCCGCUCAGAAGCCACCUUACAGAGUCCCGAAUUCUCAAUUUCACGCAAAGAGGGCAGUGUUGCAGACCUCUAUGAGAAAGUCUUGGCAAUUGAUAAAGAAAAACCAGAGAAGCUUAGAAAGCUACAGGAAGCAACGCGGUCAGCUCAGGCUCUAGUAGAUCAGCUCACAAGUGAUGGGCAGAAUUCUGAUGAUAUUCAACAAGCCGCUCAGCAGUUACAUGCCCGGUGGGUUGAGUUUUGUUCUCUGCUGGCUGAGAGGCUAGCAUGGCUGGCCUACCAGACUAAAGUACUGGCUUUCUACAAUCUCUUCCACAACUUGGAGCAGAUGGUAGCAAAUUCAGAGAACUGGCUGAAAAUUCAGCAACCUCCAGCCUGUGAGCCAGAACCAUUGAGGAUCCAGCUUGAGCGCUGCCGGGAUGAGAUAGCUCGUCUGUCUGUGCUUGAACCAGAAGUGGAGCACUUACGUGAACAACUUCGAGAGCUAAGAGAGAAAGAGGAAACACAGGUGCUCUUUGAUGCUGAUAUAGCUGCAUUCCAGGACCACUACCAGAAUGUUCUUUCAGACCUAAAGGCCAGAGAGAAACAGCUUGUAUUAAUCCAGACUAGCCUUCCACCUACACGCUACAAGGAAGUAAUGGCAGCCCUAAUGGCAUGGAUGCAACAAUGUGAAGACAAACUACCUUCUACAGCUGUAACUGAGUACCCAAUCAUGGAACAGAGGAUGAAAGAGAUUAUGGCAAUUCAAGCAGCACAACAAGAGCACCAGAGUAAAAAGGAUGAUCUUAAUAAGAUGGCUGAACAGGUGUUCCAGAAAGCUCCCCCUGAGUUAUCUCAAAGGUAUCACAUUGAGAUGGACAGUAUGAUGGCCUGCUGGAGACAUCUGUGUGAACAACUAAGAGAAAGCGUGCAAAAAUUGCAGGAACACAUGGUCAAGCUACAGCAGUUCCAGAAUGACACAAAUACCCUGCAGAAGUGGAUGGCCGAGGUUGAUGUUUUUCUGAAUGAGGAGUGGCCAGCAUUAGGAGAUUCAGAGGCUCUUGAGAAGCAGCUAGAACAGUGCACGGCCUUAGUUAAUGACAUUCACACUGUCCAACCUAGUCUUAAUGGCAUCAAUGAGGUUGGACAGGUCUUGAAGAAGGAAGCAGAGCCAGCAUUUGCUAUCAAAAUACAGAAGCUUCUUGAUGAUCUCAAUUCUCAGUGGGAACUAAUUUGCAAACAGGCAUAUGCGAAGAAAUCUGCCUUGAAAGGUGGACUGGAUAUGACAGUGAGUUUGAAGAAGGAGAUGCAAGAGAUGCAAGAGUGGAUUACACAAGCAGAAGAAGAUUACUUGGAGCGUGAUUUCCAUUAUAAAACACCUGAAGAACUCCAUACAGCAGUGGAAGAACUUAAGAGAGCUCAAGAAGAAAUCCAUCAGAAAGAAAUAAAGGUAAGCCUUCUGGAAGAUAAAGUCACCAGUUUUAUUGCAAAGGCUCCACCCACAGCACACGAGGCCCUAAAGGCAGAACUAGAUGUUUUGACUUCCAACUACCAGCGGCUGUGUAGUCGGCUUGAUGGGAAAUACAAGACAUUAGAGGAGGUGUGGGCUUGCUGGUGUGAAUUGCUGUGCUACUUGGAACAGGAAAAUACUUGGAUGGAUCUACUAGAACAGAAACUUAAUGAGAUUGAGAACUUUCAAGGAGGUGCAGACAAAAUAGCUGAGGCUAUGGCUUCCAUAGAUACCAUAAUAAAAGAACAUCCUGAAUAUAAUCGUAGCCAAAUACGUGAGUUGUCCCAGACCCUUAUGGAUGGAGGAGUCCUUGAUGAGCUCAUUCAUAAGAAGGUGGAAAAUUACAACAUUCGCUGGGAUGAACUCAUGCAAAGGGCGUUACAAAUGCGACAACAUCUAGAGAAGAGCUUACAGUGGGCGAACAAGAAUGACAAAACUCUGCGUCUAAUCCAAGAUUCUCUAAAGACAACUGAUCGGCAUUUGACUGCAUAUCUUGCAGAUGGUAUAGACGCUGCUCAGAUACCUCAGGAAGCUCAGAAAAUUCAGGCUGAACUGAGUGGUCAUGAAGUGACUCUAGAUGGCAUGAAGAAACAGACCAGUGAAGAUGCAUCAGAAAAAAUGGUCACUGAGAUUGAUGCUACAUAUGCUAAAUUAUUGGAGGUGAAAGCAAAGUUUCGACUUUUCCAAAAGCCAGCCAACUUUGAUCAGAGGUUGAAAGAAUGUGAACGUGUAUUGGAAGAGGUGAAGGGUGAACUGGGGGUGCUAAGCAUCCACAGUGUAGAGCAGGAUGUGGUGCAGUCCCAAUUGGAGCAAUGCAUGAAGUUGUAUAAAAGUCUAAGUGAAGUGAAAUCAGAAGUGGAGAUGGUAAUUAAGACAGGAAGACAAAUUGUGCAGAGACAGCAGACAGAGCAACCCAAAGAGCUGGAUGACCGUUUGACAAGUCUUAAACUGGUAUACAACGACUUGGGUGCACAGGUGACAGAAGGAAAGCAAGCACUAGAAAAGAGUUUGAAGUUAUUGAGAAAGUUUAAAAAAGACUUAAAAAGUCUAACAGAAUGGUUAGCAGCGGUUGAUAGUGAACUGACUUGUCGGUCAUCAGUGGAAGGAAUGCCUAGUGACCUAGAAGCAGAGCUGACAUGGGCCAAGACCACACAUAAGGAUACAGAGCAACGCACAACCCAGCUCUGUGUAGUAAGAGAUUUAGCAGAAGCCCUGAAAGCACUGCUAACAGAGGAAAGCCUAAUAGAUGACAAAGUCAGCCUGUUGAACAGCAACUGGAUAGCUGUGACAUCACGCAGUGAACAGUGGUUAAAUUUAUUGCUGGAUUACCAGAGUCAGAUGAAUACAUUGGAGCAGAAUGUUGCUCAGAUAAAUGCCUGGAUAGAUGGAGCUGAGUCACAGAUAGACAAGAUGGAGAACCAGGGCUGCAGUAACCAUGUCAUCAAGAGUCUACAAGGAGAAUUGGAGGAAAUGCGUGGGAAGGUAGUGGAGGUGCAAAAUCUUGGUGAAGACAUCAUUAAAAACAGAGGGGAGCACUGUAAAACUCAAAUAGAGCCCAAGCUGAAUCAGCUCAGUCAACGCUUUGAGAUGGUUGCUAGAAGGAUUCUGCAUGGACAGGCUUCCUCUCAAGAGUUAGAAGAGUACCACAGGCAAGCUAAUAUGUGGCUACUCCAGCUGGAAGAAGAGAUUAAACUUGGUGAAAACAUCAAAGAAGAUGAUUUCAUAGAAGAUGCAGUUGUUGAUGAAGAUGAACUGAAGGAACUGUUCUUAAAAGGAGAAAAUCUCCUCAAGAGAACCACAGAUCCAGCAAAGUCAACUGUUUGUCAAAAACAUAAUUUACUCCAUGAUAAAUACAACACCUUGAAGGGCUUGAAAGCAUUAAGGAAGAAGAAGGCGCUUGCUUUUGCCCCACAGUGGUACCAGUUCUGUAAGAGGUCUGAGGAUAUGAUGCACUGGCUUGACAACAUUGAGAAGGUGGUGGCUGAACUGCCGGAUUCUGCAAAUCAACCAAGAGUGAAGGUUGGCACUGAGAUCGAACAGCAGCGCCCAGUACUUGAAGAUGUGCAGAGACUUGGUCACAAGCUCUCAGAAGAUGGCUUUAAUAAACUUGUGGAACCGCGCCUCUUUGCCAUUAAUAAACGCUGGGAACAACUGCAUAUGAAAUUUGAUGAAGUAUAUAAUGUCACUGAACUGCAAGCAUUACUGAAUACUAUUGAUGAAAAUGAUGCACUACUGAACUCCUCUGUCUGCUGGUCUGACAUAACUGAAAAUACACCCCAACAAGAAAAGUGCCUGAAGGAAGUAAAGCAUACUUUGGACGCUCUCGAAUCUCCGGUGACAGAGGCUUUAGAGAGGAAAAACAUACCACCUCAUGUGAAUCCACUCGUUCUUCUCCUCAGUACCAAAUGGGAACAGCUGAAGAACCUCUAUCAGAAUAGGCUAGGAUACGUUGAAAUAUGCAAGAAAUAUGGGGAGGUGUUAAAAGCCAUACAGGGUUGGUUGACUGUUGCAGAAAAAACAUUACUGAUGUAUGAGGAAGACCCAAACAUCCAUGCAAGCCACAUCAAGAAACUGCAGGAAGAUUUGGAAAAUCAAGAGGCAGCAGUGAAACGGCUUAACGCUCUAGGUGAGGACCUGGCUUUGCAGGGCAGGAAGGAUAAUGAGGAACAGAUUAAAAAUCAACUAGAUGCCAUCAAUACCCGCUGGACUACAGUGUUCAAUAAGCUGUCUGAAAUAAAGAGAAGAUCUACAGGGGAAAAUAUUAUACUUGCUGAGCUUCAUGAAGAUAUGGGGGAGUUCCAGUCUUGGCUAGAUAAAGCAGAGUGUGUUGCUGCCCUACCGGUAGAACCAGACCAUAGGGAACAGCUCAACACUGCAUUAGAAAAAGUACAGGCUCAAGUAACAGAAUUACCAAACCGAAUGAAAAAAAUACACAAAAUGAAAACAAAAGCUUCAUCCCUGUCUGCUGAUAAAAACAAGACUUUGGCAAACAGUUUCAAGAUUAUUAACAUGCGAUGGGCCAAGGUGUCAUCUAAUCUUCCUGAGAAGCAGCAACAGAUAGAGAAUCACUUGAGAGAUUUGAAUCUGUACUACAAGCUCUCCAGCUGGGCCUCUGCAACUAAGAACCUACUUGAACAGUCACCUGAAGCAAUUCAACACAAGACUGAUGAUAUCCUGUCAAAGAAGCCAGAAAUAGAAACAGUUUUGGCCAAAGCGAGACCACUAUAUCAACCUGAAAGGGGCCAGUUUGAUACUCUCAGUGCAGACUGGAUAAUCAUUCAAGUGCUGCUUAAGGAAUGGAAAGACAAAUGUCAAGUUACAACUGAAUACUUGACAAGCAGUGCCCCAGAUGUUUCAACAAUGGAUACAUUCAAUAAUUCAAGUACUGAACUCAAUGACUGGCUCUCUCUGCUCGAUCACAUGAUUAUAACACAACGGGUGAGAGUAGGAGAUCUCAGUGAAAUCAGUGACCUUAUUGUGAAACUCAAGUCAGCAACGAAAGACAUGGAUCAGAAAUGCCCACAGCUGAAUAAACAGAUCACUGCAGCUGAAAACCUCAAAAACAAAACCAACAACUCUCAGAUGCGUGCAACAAUUACAGAUCAAAUUGAGAAAUUACAGGCACACUGGGAAGACUCGCAUACCAAGUUAAUGGACAGGAUCAUUCAACUUCAGAACAUGUAUCAGGACUCCAAGGAUUGGCUGGAUGCCAAGAAAAUGGUGGAGUCUCACAUAAAGCAAGCCAGUGAAAAACUAGAAGGCAGGAAGGAAGUCUCACCAAGUGCUGAUCAUGCAAAUGUUAAGAAAAUUCUUAAAGAUAUACAUCUGUGGCAAGCUGAAGUUGACGUGACUAAUGAACUGGCAAACAAGCUACUGGUCCUUUAUGCAGAUGAUGACACAAGCAAGAUUAAACAGAUGACUGAGAAUAUGAAUGUUGUUUGGGGCAGUAUCAAAAAAGGUGCAGGGGAUACAGAGGCAGCCCUAGAGGCCAGACUGCAGCAAAUGCAACAUUUUUAUGCCGAUCUGGAAAUGUUUUGUAACUGGCUAACUGAAGCAGAAACUACAGCAAAUGUCUUAGAAGAUGCCACGUACAAGGAAUCUCUUCUGGAGGAUGCAGCCACAGUGCACCACUUACUAGAGCAAUGGCAAGAUCUCCAGAGGGAGAUUGAUACCCAGACAGAUAUGUAUCAUUCACUUGAUGAAAAUGGACAGCGUAUUGUGGCAUCACUGGGAAGGACAGACAAUGCUAUAGUGCUGCAAAAACAACUGUACACCAUGGGAAAACGCUGGCAGGACUUGUGUAAAAAAGUCAAUAGUAUGAGGCUUCACCUUGAUGAUAAUAUGGAACAGUGGAAGCAUUUUCACCUAACCUUACAGGGUCUGCUGCAGUGGCUACAGCUUAAGAGGGAGGAGCUGGAGCAACAGAAACCAGUUGGGGGAGAUGUCCCUGCUGUUUGUCAGCAACGGAUAACCCAUAAGGAAUUCAAGAUGGAGCUGAGUGCAAAAGAGCCUUCAAUAAAUCGAGCACUUGAUAAUGUGAAGAGUUUUCUGUUUGAGAUGCCUGGUGAAGAAAGCGAACAGCCACAUGUUGAAAGAGUUGUCAGCUCAGAGGAAAGAAUUCAAAAUGUCGAACGCAUUUUGCGCAAGGAAGCAGAGGAUGUAAGCAAACUUUGGAGGAACCUAAGUACAGCUGCAGCAGACUGGCAGCAACAGCUGGAGCUAGCUUUGCAGGGGCUGAUGGAACUUCAAGAUACAGCGGAUCAGUUAGAAAUCAAGCUUCAACAAGCUGAAAUUAAAAACAAUUCUUGGGACCCAGUUGGAGACUUGCUUGUUGACAGUUUAAGUGACCAAAUCAGCAUGGUUAAGGAUUUCCAGGAUUCAAUCGCUCCGAUCCAGGAUGAUGUAAAUCGAGUCAACAAAUUAGUCUCUCAGUUUAGAAUGCCUGGUAUUCAACUGUCUCCAGAAAACCUGAAGAGAAGUGAUGAUCUCAAUAGGCGAUGGAGACUUCUGCAGAUAUCAGUUGAAGAACAUCUGUCCCAACUUAUAGAGGCCCACAAAGACUUAGGACCCAAUUCUCAGCAUUUCCUACAAGUGUCUGUGCAAAGUCCUUUUGAACGCUCGGUCUCUCCAAACAGUGUUCCUUAUUAUAUAAACCACCAGACACAAACAACGUGUUGGGACCAUCCAAAAAUGGCUGAAUUGUACCAGUCCUUAGCGGAUCUCAACAAUGUAAGAUUUUCAGCGUACAGAACAGCAAUGAAGUUACGGAGGCUGCAGAAAGCUCUGUGCUUGGACCUACUGGGGAUGUCCGCAGCAUGUGAAGCGUUUGAGCAGCACAGCCUGAAACAGAAUGAGCAGUUCAUAGACAUCAUACAGGUGAUAAGCUGUCUGACCAGUAUCUAUGACCGUUUGGAGCAGCAGCAUAGCAGCCUCGUGAACGUUCCUCUGUGUGUGGACAUGUGUCUGAACUGGUUGCUGAAUGUUUAUGACACAGGUCGAACUGGGAAGAUUCGAACCCUAUCUUUAAAAACAGGAAUAAUCUCUCUCUGCAAAGCUCACCUUGAAGACAAAUACAGAUUUCUGUUUAGACAGGUGGCUAGUGCCACAGGUUUCUGUGACCAGCGCCGUCUUGGCCUUCUGCUGCAUGAUUCAAUCCAGAUCCCCAGGCAGCUGGGUGAGGUGGCAUCAUUUGGAGGAAGCAACAUUGAACCUAGUGUGCGCAGCUGUUUUCAGUUUGCAAAUAACAAGCCAGAGCUAGAAGCUUCUGUCUUCUUAGACUGGAUGCGUUUGGAGCCCCAGUCGAUGGUCUGGCUCCCUGUACUUCACCGUGUUUCAGCAGCAGAGACAGCCAAGCACCAGGCCAAAUGCAACAUCUGCAAGGAAUGUCCCAUUAUUGGCUUCAGGUACAGAAGCUUAAAGCACUUUAACUAUGACAUCUGCCAAAGCUGCUUCUUUUCUGGCAGAGUGGCUAAGGGUCAUAAAAUGCAAUAUCCCAUGGUUGAGUAUUGCACCCCGACAACCUCUGGUGAAGAUGUAAGAGAUUUUGCCAAGGUGCUAAAGAACAAGUUCAGGACAAAACGUUAUUUUGCCAAACACCCCCGCAUGGGCUACCUCCCUGUGCAGACCAUCCUGGAGGGAGAUAACAUGGAGACCCCUGUUACUCUGAUCAACUUCUGGCCUGUUGACCACCCCCCAGCAUCGUCUCCACAGCUGUCCCAUGAUGACACCCACUCCCGCAUUGAACAUUAUGCUAGCAGGCUCGCUGAAAUGGAAAACAGAAAUGGCUCAUAUGUGAAUGAGAAUAUUUCUCCUAAUGAGAGCAUGGAUGAUGAGCAUCUACUGAUCCAACACUACUGCCAGAGUCUUAAUCAGGGCUCCCCCUUAAACCAUCCACAGAGCCCAGCACAGAUCCUCAUUUCAAUGGAGACUGAAGAAAAGGGGGAACUUGAGAGAGUUCUCAGUGAUUUAGAGCAGGAGAAUAGGAGGCUACAGGCAGAAUAUGAUCGACUUAAAAAGGCCCAUGACCACAAGGGGUUUUCACCUCUUCCUUCACCUCCACCAAUGCUACCUGUUUCACCCCAGAAUCGUGAUGCUGAGCUCAUUGCUGAGGCAAAACUUCUGAGACAACACAAGGGUCGCUUAGAGGCAAGAAUGCAAAUUCUGGAAGACCAUAACAAGCAGCUUGAGUCUCAGCUUAAGAGGCUUAGACAGCUACUAGAGCAGCCACAGGCUGAGUCCAAGGUGAAUGGCACUGCCCUGUCAUCUCCCUCUACUGCCUCCCAGAGAUCUGACACCAGCCUGGCCUCACUGCAUGUGGCCACAAGCCAAACCACAGAGACUAUGGGUGGUGAUGAGUGGUCCAGUGCCUUCCAGGAUCCAGGCAGUGGGCUAGUGGAAGUAACUGAGCAACUAAAUAAAUAUUUUCCUCAUGGCCAAGGAACUGGACAGCUAAACCCAUAACAGGGAUUAACAUGGGAAGGGUCAUCUGUAUGGUGGAUAACACUGAAUCCAUGGAGUCAUUGGUCAAUGUGAUGACAGAAGAACAGGGUUUAGACCAACAUCUUAUGACACACAUUUGUCAUAACAUAAACAUAUAAAAUUGCAUGCUUUUGUAGUGUAACAACUGGACAGAAUAUGUUUACAAGGGGAAUUAAAUAAAAUCUAUUUUUGUGGGUGGUCAUGGUUCCAAAUUGCUGAUUUGAGUAGUUUCAUACAAGUCUAGAAUUGUUUUAUUAUUAAAAAUGUUUUUAAUCUUCUAUGCAAUUUAAAAAGAAAAAGGGUGAUAACCUUUAACACCGGUUUAAGCAUGCUCCUUUGGUUUGCCGUGUUGACAGCGAUUUAAGUGUUUCACCAUAAUGGAUUUUUUAUUAUGUGGUUUUGUCAUUAUCAUUGUUUGCAGGGAAUAACAAAUGCAUAUUAAAAGUCCAUCACCUGUGAGUUUGACUUAUCUAUAUGUGUCUCUGGAUCUGUCUGCCUGAACCAUAGCACGCUGAACAAAAUAUUAAUUUACUUUUAAAAGAUCUGGUUUAAAUGUUAACAAUUUGCAUUUCCUUUUUUUUUUUUUUUUUUUUAAAGUAAAAUGUACAUGGAAUUUCAAGUAAAACUUUAUUUAAUUGCUUCGAUAUUGCACAAUAUUACACAAAUAAAACAAGUACAUCUAUUUUUUGUUCCUGUAAGUACAUUUUACUUAUGUAUGUCAUGCAAGAGAGCGUAAAUUAACUACGAGAAAGAAAAAAAAGUACACAUUAUCUAAAUGUCAUUUAUUCUUCCCACUUGUGAAAUCGUUUAUCAACAUUACUACUUAAAAACCCCAAACCUUAAAUAGGUCCAAGCAGAACACCAAAGGGUACCUGCGCUUAUAUCAGCCUUUAUAAAGACUGGACUGGAAAAACCAGUUGACGUGUGUGACGCAGACGAUACUGAGUGAGAUCAACACUGACUCAGAGCAACCAAGAGAACUUUACUGAGACACUUGAUCUAGAAAAACUUUUGUGUGAAGAUUACCC